GCCAAUUUUUUCUAUCCAAUAGCUUCACGUGUUCACCGCAUGAGGUCCCCAAUAUCAAUUUGGAAAUUUCUCGUCACUCCUGUCGACCUUUAAAGCAAAAAAAUUAGUCGUUUUUUGAUUGAUCAUAUGGAGAAAUCAACCAAUCAACGUCCACGUAAAUAGACUUGAAAAGAAGUUAGCCAAUCACAAUAAUAGCACGGAAUGAAUUGCUUGUGUUCUCAUCUUUGUUAUCAUAUAAUGAUUACGUUGUGAACAUGAGUAAGAAAUAUUUUAUGUUUAGUCAUGUUUAAUUGGCUUGACGAUAUUCCAUAACAGAGUGACGAGUAACAGAUGUUGUUUACGUAUAUAGUAUUGUAAACAAUUAAUUAAUUUAAGAUCUGCAGAGAGUGAGAAAGGAGAAAGAGGAAGCAAGCUGCGAUAACAGUCAAGUGAUAAUCAUUUUCAGUAUAUUGUUAUGAUAAAAUGUCUAAUACACUCACACCGUUUGUAUACUGGGCCCAAACGGAGAAACAAGUUACAUUGAAAGUAGAUUUAACCGAUGUAAAGGAUCUUAAUGUUAAUCUGAAGGAAACCACGUUACAAGUUACUGCCUAUGGACAAGGAGCUAGAGGCCUAAAUAAUUACAGCUUUAAUUUACAUCUUCAUUCAGCUGUUGACCCAAAUGAGAGUAAUUACAAAGUGAUCGAUCGCCAAGUGGAUUUUAUUUUAAAAAAACAGUGUGAUGCUUGGUGGCCAAGAUUAACAAGCCAGCCGCAAAAACCUUCGUGGCUCAAGAUCGAUUUUGACAAAUGGAAAAGCGAAGAGGAUAUGGACGACAAUGAAGACGAGAGACGCGAUAUUCGCGAGGAUUAUCCCGACAUGUACGACAGAUUGUACAAAGAAGAAUUUGGUUACAGGAAAGAGAAUUUCGCUAAGGUCUAUCUAGUUAUAUAUAAUCUGUGUCAAUUUGUUGGCUUUAUUUACGUGCUUGCCGUAAUGGGUAUACGUUAUUCACGAGAUGGGCCAGAUUCCAUGAAAGAAACGUACGUGGCAGUUGGCAAUCCCCUCAAAUUUAUACAACUGUUGCAAUUCUUAGAGAUAAUGCAUCCACUGUUCGGAUACACAAAGAGUAGUGCAUUAGUGUCUCUGCUCCAAGUGGGUGGCCGAGCGUUCAUUUUGUUCCUCAUGAUCGACGCCGAGUCUCGUAUGCAAACCAAGCCGAUCGUAUUUUAUCUCUUUCUCGUGUGGAGCACGGUAGAGAUAGUUAGGUAUCCGUAUUACAUUACGCAACUGCUGAAUAUUGAGAUAUCUUUUCUGACAUGGCUCAGAUAUACGAUAUGGAUACCAUUAUACCCAUUGGGCUUCAUGUGCGAGGGUAUCAUAAUACUACGGAAUAUCCCGUACUUCGAGGAAACGCAGAAAUUCACCAUCUCCUUGCCGAAUAUUUACAACUUUGCGCUUCAUUUCCCGUCUCUCAUGAGAUUUUAUUUACUUUUCCUGUUUCUGCCUGGAAUAUAUACACUCAUGUCUCGUAUGAAUCAGGCACGCUCUAAGAAGCUCAGAAAAUCUAACAUCAAGAGAAAGUACAAGUAAGAGAGACGAUUCCAUUUAUGAUAUUCUUCUCCUUCAUCUGUAAUUAAUAUUAAUAUAAUUAAUAUAAAAAUCAUAAGGACAGAAGAAUAGAAACGGUAAGGUGUGGUAAUUAUUUUAAUAUAUAUGCGUUUUCGAAUAACGCUAUAGAUAGCGUAUAGAUUUUUAUAUGUUUUUAUUGUUUUCGAUUGUGGCAGAUAAAAUUGUUAAAGACGAGAUUUAAAUUUUAUGCAUUAUUCCUUUAUGCAAUAACGACAUGUCAUAUGAUAUCCAAACAUUGUCCUUUUGUGUGCAUCUAAUCUUAUGUGUAAGUGCAUUAUGUAUAUAUAAUGAAAUAAAUUGUGUAAAUAAGAAC